ACCAAACCCAACCCAACCCAACCCAACCCAACCACCCAACCCAACCCAACCCAACCCAACCCAACCCAACCUAACCCAACCUAA